AUGAAAGUCCUAGUCGGCAGCCUCUCGGGUAUGAUACGGAUCUUCCUCCCAAGAGGCGGCCCUGCUGGUGGGCACACCCUCGAGGAUCUCGUACUAGAGAAGAAGCUCGACGGGCCCAUACUACAGCUACUCGCCGGCCGAUAUGCGGUGUCCGCAGUGAAGGCAGGCGGAGUGGCGGCCUAUUUCAACAUUCAGCAGGUCGCUACUGCAGCAGUUAUAGGAAUCUCAUUCCACUACAGGUUGCCAUACACAAAGAUUUCGCCCAGAUACCUGAUGGCUUCGGGUCAAUUCAUCACCGUGAACUCAGAAAUGACCAUGGAAUCCUACCGGUAUUCAAUACUGGCUGCCGCUGGUGAUAAUGUUGACCACAUGCAGAUGAGUGGCAAGAGGCUUACGGCCGAUUGGAGGACCAACUUGGGGGACCACAUCUCUUGGCUUGGCGCGGCCCGGUUCGAUCGAGGGCCGUUGGAUGUGGUGGCCCUCGGGGACCAAACCCUCUUUGUGGUCGACUAUAAGGGGAGAGUGAAGUCCCAACGAAGAUUAGAAUACCCGUGUACGUCCGCCCACGUCUGCGCCGCCCUCCAUGGAGCCAAUGAUAAGGAGACCACCCAUCAGCUCCUCAUCGGCACACAGACCGGUCACAUACUAGUCUUAAGAGAGCGUGCCCUGGUCUGGUGCUGUCUGGUGGGCCCAUCCCCCAUCACUGCCAUCAUAGUAGCGGAGUUCGGCGAUACCAUGGGGAUGAUAUGUUCCCUAGAUGAUGCCGGUCUCCUACAGGUAUCCUACCUUGGUACGGACCCUCCAGUAGCCAGUACCAUGGUCAAUACCGAUACACGAGCCUUGGACUAUGACCACAUGGAGGCUGAGCAUAGGCAACUCGUGAACACGAUAAAGCAAUAUCAGAAGACAGCAGAAGAUGAGGACCCUCCCCCUCAAGUCCGCUCCAGUGAAGUGACCGUCAGCGUCUCUGUACCGCCGACAAUCGAUCCCCCAAGUAGCGUUGACCUUUCGGUCUUCCAAGAUGGUCAGGACCAGCAAGGCCUCUAUAUGGUACAUGACGACUUCUCUUACCUCUUUGAUCGACACCCUCAGAAUGAUGGGCUACCACAGCAGCUCACAGUCGAUUUCGAGAUCACCAACACGGACCCUCGAGGUCGGGAGGCUAGAGGGCUCACUCUUACUGUCCAGCCCCUGUCCGAUGCAGUAGUGACCAUGACCACGAAGACCAUGGCACUCGGGGACGUCCAAGCGGGAGGCUCAUCCAUGCGAGUUUCUCUAUCCUUUUACGUCAGCGCUCAUGUCCUUUGCAGUAACCGUUCUGUGGAGCUCGUCGCGGUGUACACUCUUGGCGAUAUCCUCCAAUUUACCACGAGGGUCUUUGAGUUGCCAUUGUGUUUCGUAGCUCGUCUGAUACCACCUACGAAGGAGGCCAAUUUCAAAGUUGCUAUCGGCGCCAGUGCUAUCCCCCCUACUUUGGCAGACAUCUUCCAGGACUUCCUCGAGGGGUCCCUGGUUGGCCCUGAAGGCACCGUCCGGAAUGCCCUCUCGAUGCGGCUAACCUGUGGGAAGGAUGUGACCAUUCUGCAGUCGAAGACCAGCAGCAGAUUCUGCGUCCAGUCGUCCGACUUUGGUCCGCUGUGGGUCGGUCUGGCCGAGCUCGAUAAACGCUGUAGGGAGUUUUUCAAUGGCGACUUCAAGCUGACAUAUUUGGAUUCCCUCCCACUGCAGGAUUACUUCGCGCUCUUGGAUGAUCAUUUCUCGAUUCGGCAUCAUCUACAGGGCCUUCGGUUGGCUGUGGACAAGGAAUCCUCCCGAUACAGGGAUAACCAGAAGCAGCUCUUGACGAGGCUGAAGGACAAGCAGCCGACUGACCUUAAUGGAAUCGAUGAACUUCUAGAAGUUACAUACGGCGGCCUCAUCGAAGUUCUCGACGAAAUUGAGGAUGCCCGCACUGCUCUGCGCGUCAUUGGUGGUGACCUUGCUGCUGCCACAGAGCUCAUGAUUGGCCUCAUGCAAUGGAGGUUUGACAUGGGCCACGAAGAUGUCCAAUACCUCCGCCGUGUCCUCUCCUCCACUACUCUCCUAACGGCCGCUGACGCCCCGACCACCGACUUUGAUCUUCCAACGGAAACCGAGGCCACUCAUCUGAUGGCCCCCACCCAAGGCUGGCAGGAGAGGACUGAAUGCGCCAUCAGCCAGUUACUGAAGACAGCGGCCUUCUCCAAGUCCGGCCAGGACGAGGUCUACAGGUUAGGGCAGUGCCGCAUCGCCGCAGAUACCAGUCGUCUGAAGAAGCUCAUGACUCGACUUAUCGAACGCCUGGCGCAUGGCGCGAGGCCCACCGCUCGUAGGGAGUGA